UGGGGGUGCCCCUCCUAAACCGACCGGACGUGAAACACAAGCCGUGCGGGUUCUCUGUUCCGCCCUCCUGCGCGCAUGCGCGCUGUUUCCUUGGCAGCUUGUGGUUGUUUUCGGCAAAACCAACUGUGAGGCGCUGCGAAGGGGGAGCCCGGAAUGAGGGAGAGACCAGUGACGGCGGGGGGAGACAGGACAGCCACAGCAACCGCCCGGCCGCAGCGACGGCGCUGAGCGUGAGGCCGAUAGGCCAAAGAUGAUGAGUUCAGAGGAAGAAUCGGGUAGUGUGUUGAGCCACUCUUAAUUCAGAACUGAAAAUGCCACCAGUUGAAAGUGAGGCAAAGGCAAAAACCAAAGUUCGCUUUGAGGAAAUCUUCAGAAGUCAUGCUGGCCUAACAGACAGAAAGAAAUCAAAGAAAAAGAAGUUUCACUCUCAAGAGAAUAUUGUGCUUGACACCUUUAGAAGUAAUGUUGAUCUAGCUAAAGAAAGUGGGAGUGAUGAAGUGAUUAUAAACAACACACAUAAUCCUGAAGAAGAAAGUCCCCGAUUUACAAAAAACAAACUGAGAGAGAAGGCCUCAGUUGCAGAGAUAAUAAACAAUGAGGUUGUUAGUGGAGAAGAGAACAAGCAACUGAAGUUUAACAAGAAGAAAAAGAAAUCACUGUUACAAGAACAAUUUAAUGAGGAGGAAAAAUUAUAUGAAGUUAAAUUGGAGAGUUUUGAGGAAAAGACCAAUGAUUUUCCAAAGAAAAGAACAAAAAGUAAAUCACAAACAGAUGUACCUCAUCAAGAAGGUGAUAGAAAGAUUAAAAAUUCCUUGACUGAAGCGAGAAAUGUAACUGACUUAGAGGAGGAAGAAGAGCUAAUUCAAGCCUAUCAGAUGCAUGUAGCUGAGGAUGAGGCAAAUGCAAUUAAAAAGAAAAUAAGAAUGAAACUUAAAGAACAGAUGUCUGAAUUUACUUCCACUGUUCAAAGCCGUGAAGUUGUAUUGAACAAUGAAUUUGGCAAAAAGAAGAAAAAGAAGAAAGAAAUGCCAGUUUUAUGUGAAGCUGAAACAAGGUACCAUGAUAAACGUGCAAUGUCCCUCUCAGAGCUACAGCAUUAUCCAGCAGAAGAUGAUAAUGAAAAUCAGUCACUGGAAAGACUGUUUACAUCAGGACAGAAACCGGAGGAAGGCAUGGAAAAACAGAAACCUAAAGCAAGGAGAGUUAAAAGGAAAACUAAAAAAGUUCUAGAAGAAAACACAGAAGUUGCUGCACAAAAUGUAGAGGAAAUGAACGGUUCAGAAAUUUCAACUCAGUCUAAAUUUGGUUUUGAUGAUGAUCUUGUGUUGGGAGUUUAUAUCCAUCGAACUGAUCGACUCAAAACUGAUCUGCUCGUGUCUCAUCUUAUGGUUAAAAUCCAUAUUGUUGACCAGAGAACUGGCUUAUAUGUUAAGAAGAAUCACAGAGAGAAAAAUUCCCAAAUCUCAAAAUAUUUAGAAGCCAAGAUGAGGAAAAACAAGAGGAAAGUUUCAUCUUACUAUGAACAAGAACAAAUAGAGCACAUUCUUCCUAUCAUGACGCAGCCAUAUGAUUUCAGACAGUUCAGAUCAAUGCUUCCGGAGUGGGAGGAGCAAGUCAUAUUUAAUGAGCACUUUAAUUAUUUUAUUCAAAAUACUGAAGAAAGUCCUAGGGUAAUCCUGUUCUUUGAGAUCCUUGAUUUUCUGAGUAUGAGUGAAGUAAGAGCCAACUCUGAAGUACAAAUCCAGGAAUGUGGUUUCAGAAAAAUCUGUUGGGCAUUUCUAAAGCUUGUAGGUGCAAAUGGAGUUCUAAACAUUGACGGAAAACUGCGUCUGCAAUUGUAUUACCCACCUCCAAGACCUCCAAGGACCAGGUCACAUUCAAAUGUUGUUGAGGUUUAUGAGUGGUGGGCAAAAUGUCCUAGAAAUCGUUACCCAUCAACUUUAUAUGUAACCAUAAGAGGCAUAAAACUGCCAGAUCAUGUUGAUUCUUCUUUCCGUUCUAUGAUGGCUGUUCAGCAGGAACAAGAUAGUGCAACAUUCUGUGAGCUACAGAGUGAAGGAUCUAAAAGAACAGGUGAACCUCUUCCAGAAGAGAAGAAUGAACAAUUUAAAUGGACAAGAUUGCCUGGACAGGUUUGUCGCAUACCAAACAAGCAUCUGUUUUCACUGCGAGGAGGAGAUAUGGGCUGUUUCUGUAUUCGUUUCUCUCAUGAUGGGAAAACAUUGGCAGCAGCAUGUGCAGGAAGGAAUGGCUAUCCCAUUAUUUUGUAUGAAAUUCCUUCUGGACGGUACCUGAGAGAAUUUUAUGGUCAUCUUAACAUAGUGUAUGAUCUUUGUUGGUCAAAAGAUAAUCAAUAUCUUCUUACUGCAUCUUCUGAUGGCACUGUCAGAAUGUGGAAAAUUGAAACCCAGGCUACAUCUGCUGUGAGAGUUUUCCCUCAUCCUUCAUUUGUUUAUACUGCAAAGUACCACCCAACUGCAAACUCUUUGGUUGUGACAGGAUGUUACGACUCUGUGAUUAGAAUCUGGAAUGCAAAAGUGAAAGACAUCCAUGGGCAACUGCUGCAGGAGCUUGAUGGUCACAAAAAUUUCAUCAACACACUCUGUUUUGAUACAGAAGGGCUUCACAUGUUCUCAGGAGAUAGUUCGGGACUGAUUAUAGUUUGGGAUACAUUUGUGAAAGGAAGUUCUCAACAUCUGUUCCAACACUGGUGCAUUAAUAAGGAAAUAAAAGAAAAUGAUAUUAAAGGAACUCCAAUAAAUCAUUUGGAGGUACACCCAAAUGGAAGAUGUUUAUUAAUCCAUGCCAAAGACAGUACCCUGAGAAUUAUGGAUCUCAGAAUCUUGGCUACAAAGAAAUAUAUAGGUGCUACAAAUUACAGAGAAAAGAUUCACAGCACCUUAACGCCAUGUGGUACGUUCCUUUUUUCGGGAAGUGAAGAUGGAAAGGCAUAUGUUUGGAAUCCAGAGACAGGUGAUCAGGUGGCCAUAUAUUCUGAACUCUCCUUCACAUCUCCACUUCGUGAUGUUGCCUUUCAUCCGCAUGAACACAUGGUGUCAUUUUGUGCCUUUGGUCAAAACCAGCCAAUACUUGUAUACAUUUAUGAUUAUAAAGUUGCACAGCUGGAAGCUGAAAUUGUAAAAGAUCUCAGUUCAUCACUUACCACAGGUGCACCGAGAGGGCCACAAAUUUUUAGCAGUUUUCCUGAAAUUUCUACACAACAAAGUUCAACAACGUCCCCAGCAGAUCAGUUUGUCAGUGUCACAAGAACAUCAAUGAGAAUGCGGAAGGUGAAGCAAAAACUUGAUUCUGUUACAGCGAGCUCAAAUCUCUUGCUUCCUGCGCCAUCAUUGCUGUCACCACACUCCAAGUUAAGACUGUCAAGCGCUCUGAGCACUUCACUGAAUCCUCCGUAUCCUUUCUCUACUAAAAGUGGGUGUUUCAGCCCAGUAGGAAAUCCUCUUAGCCUAACGCUAUUGGGCAGACUACAGUUGAAUAGUGACUGCCUGACUGCACUAGGGGUGAAAAGAGGAAGUAGUUGUCCACUAGGGCAAGAGACAGUAGUGGCUCUUUAUGACUACACAGCGCAUCGAUCAGAUGAGCUAACCAUCCAUCGCAGUGACAUUAUCCAAGUGUUAUACAAAGAUAAUGAUAACUGGUGGUUUGGCAGCCUAGCAAAUGGACAGCAAGGCUAUUUUCCAGCUAAUUAUGUGGCUGGUGAAAAAGAAUAUGAAGAUCAGCGUUCAGGAUUAGUACCAGAUUCUGCUCCUCUCCUACCUGAUGGACAAACAGAAGCAGAGGAAGGAUCUCCGACGCUACAUGAGAUGUCACCAGUCAUCAGUAAGUCAGGAGACCUGAAAUUUAUCUCAGAGCAUGAGACAGAUAUAGACUCACCUGCAACACAAGGUGCAAGGAAAAAGAAGAAAAGGAUACAGAAGAAUGAAACAGAAAAUCAGCCCAACUUAAUGGAUGAUACUCCUGUAUCAUCAGUUACAGCUAAUGGUGUUAAAAAUGAAUCUACAGCCCAUGGGGUGGAAUUGAAGAAGAAAAGAGCAGGGAGAGGCUCAAACUCAAGCACAAAUGGAAAGACAAAUAUUGCCUUUGAGCCUGAAUGCUAUGAUGUAUAGUCAUAGUUUAAUCUCAGACACUGGUGUGACAUUCAGUAUACACAGAAAAAUGAAUUUGAGUACUGCAAUUUUGAUCUCACUUCUAGGAUUAUCAAGAAAUAAAAGACAAAAAAAUAAGGAAAUACAAAAACGGUGCCACUUGUGACUUACCAGUGGUGCAAGCCUGUUUCAGAAUAAUUCCUCCCCCUCAUCCCCCUGGUUUUCUUGAAAUCAACAGAACUUGAAUAUUCAGCUCCUCACUGGACCGGUAAAAUCUGAAAUGUACUUUGAUAUUUCCUGAGAACCCCACUGACAAAGGCAAUUUGAAAGAAUUUAAGAUCUGAUUAGCCCCCUAGUGUAGGCUAGACAGGCAUUUCAGUAGACUUCGGAUGAAGCUAGGAAGUGUGAAAUCUGCAGACCAAUCCAUCGUCAGCAGAGAAUAAUUGAGUCGAAAAGUGUGAUCUAAACCAAAACAAGCCUAGCCAUGACAGAAGUUAUUAAAUCAGCAGUUCAGAAUUUGUUGUAAAUAUAAUAGAGCAGUGUUUGGAAUGGUAACAUUCCAAAGGAAUGCCAACACUACAGUGUACCUGAAAGCUUAAGCUUUAUAAAAAUAUUUUCCUGACAUCAAAUAUUCACUUGGACUACGUUUUGCAGCUUUUGAGCGAAUUGUUGAGUAACUACCUAUGCAACUAAUCUGACUUCAGUGGGACUGCUCAUGCUUACCAGUCGAAGUAAGUAUUGCAAAGUCUAGCCAUUUGUGUUUUCAGACAGGGUUUCUAUGCAUAUAAUAAAUGUGCAUUACAGUUUUGUUAGACUUUCUGGCUGCUUUGGCAGCAGUAUUGCCAAAUAUACUCUCUUUUCCCUGAAUGAAAUAUUUUAUAUCAAACUGUUGUUUGUUUUACUUUUUUGUGUAGUCCUUAUUCACUUGUUUGUGUCAUUAAUCUAUUUUUAAUCAAGCGUUAUGUGGUGAACUUUUAUUAAUGAUCUCACUCAUUAUCUGCAGUUCUGAAUAAUUUACAUUUUUUAUUAAAUGAAACACUUUCUAUCA